AUCAAUAUUAUGAAAAAAAAUAUCCACAUUCCAUUGGAAACUAUAAUAAAAAUAUAUAAUUGAUGAAUGAUACCUGAGCCAUUUAUGUCAACAACACGCGUAUCAACACCGUUAUAAGAUUUUCAACGACAAAUAUCAAUUGUCAUCAUCAUUAUCAUCAUAAAUCAUAAAUCAUUGAUUAAAAAAAAACGAUUAAAUUUUGUUUCUUCAUUCUGUAAUAUGAGAAUUCAUCAAACUUUGUAGAUUUGUAUUGUUCUAAUUUUUAUUUUCAUUCAUUCUAACGUCGAAUGGAAAAUCGUAAUGAUUCAUUCAUUUCAUCAUCAUCAUUAUCGUCAUUCAGAAUAAAAAUCAAAUAAAUUCAUUUUUCAUUAUCAAUUUAGAAAUGAAAAAAUUCUUGAAAAACAUUAUGGAUUAUAUUUUUGUGGCUAAUAUUGCUGAUGAUGAUGGUGGUGGUGGUGGUGUUGGUGGUGGUAUUAACACUAAUGAUGAUGAUAAUAAUGUCAACAUUAAUCUUCAUACAGUCAUGAACAAUGUUAUCAUCAACAACAAUAAUAAUAAUAAUAAUAAUAAUAAUAACGAAUAUGAUGAUGGCAACUUUGAUCAAACAACAUUUAUGUUUAAUUUUUUAUAUUAUUUUUUCAUUGGUUUAUUAAUAUCUUUGAUAUUGGCUUCAUUGGGCAUAUCAGUUGGUUUUCGUAAGCUUUAUGUAAAAUUAUUAUUGAAAAUAUUCGAUUUUGGUAAACAAAGAAUUGAAAGUGAAUUGAUAAAGAAUAAAAAAUUAACUAAUCAAUCAAUAAACGAAGAUGAUAAUGAUGAUGUUGAUGAUGAUGAUGAUCAACAAGAUCAACAAGAACAAGAUACAUUGAUCGAUAAUUUAAUGGAUUAUGAGAAAAAAGAUUUCCAUUUGGAUGAUAUUUGUCUUUUGAUUAAAAAUGGUAUACAGGCCAUUGUUGAUGAUGAAGUAACAAAACGUUUUGAUACUGAAGAACUUCCAUCAUGGAAUUUGCUCACACGUACGAACAAAAAAUAUACACAUCUAUCAUUACGUUUAACAAUAUUAUGGGGUAUUGGUUGUAUUAUUCGUUAUUUUAUAUUAUGGCCAACAAGAAUUAUUGUUACAAUAAUCAGUGUAUUAUUCUUGAUCAUAUGUACUGGUCUGAUUGGUUGUCUGCCUGAUAGUGAUUUUAAACGUACAAUCUAUUGUAAUGCAAGUCUUGUUUGUUUCCGUAUUAUAUCACGUGCAUUUUCGGGUAUUAUUACAUUUCAUGAUCGUCAUAAUAUGGCCAAACCAGGUGGUAUAACAGUGGCCAAUCAUACUAGUCCAAUUGAUGUAGCCGUAUUAGCAUGCGAUAAUUGUUAUGCAUUAGUUGGCCAAAAACAAGGUGGCUUUCUUGGCAUGUUACAAGGCGCAUUACAACGUGCAUCAAAUCACAUUUGGUUUGAUCGUUUUGAAAUCAAAGACAAACAAUUGGUUGUCAAACGUCUAAAUAUGUAUAUUAAUGAUCCAAAAAAUCUACCAAUAUUAAUAUUUCCCGAAGGUACUUGUAUUAAUAAUUCGGCUGUGAUGAUGUUUAAAAAAGGUUCAUUCGAAAUUGCCAACAUUGUUUAUCCGGUCGCCAUUAAGUAUGAUUCACGUUUUGGUGAUCCAUUCUGGAACAGCAGUAAACAUGGCUAUAUGUAUUAUUUAAUGUUAAUGAUGACUAGCUGGGCAAUCGUCUGUGAUGUUUGGUAUUUACCACCGAUGACUAAAAAGCCCGAAGAAAGUGCCAUUGAUUUUGCCAAUCGUGUUAAAUCUGAAAUAGCCAAACGUGGUGGCCUUGUCGAUCUACAAUGGGAUGGCCAAUUGAAACGUUUUAAUGUUAAAGAUGAAUGGAGAGAAAAACAAAGAGAAGAAUUUAGUAAAAAAAUUAAAUAGUCAUGAUGAUGAUGAUGAUGAUUACGAUCUCUUUUAUUCAACCAUGGAGGCGAAGAACGAAUAAAAAUCAUUUGAUAAAAUUUUCCAUUUUAAUUUGGAAAAUUCAUAAAA